AUGGAUGUUUCAUUGCACAACUCAAGUUACUUAUGUUGCCAAAAACUCUGCCAUGCGUUUUCUUUCAAAAGAUGCAGUUUCUUUCUCCUCUUGUUUGUUACCCUAGCAAUAGUUUUUCUUGGUGUAGCUGCAUUGAUCGUAAUCUUCAUCGUGAAGCCCCAAAGGCCAGUUUUUUCCCUUGAAACUGUAAGCUUGGAUUUGUAUACGCUCGAAGCCUAUUCGGAUUCAACGCUGUUUCUUUCAUCAGCAAUCACAUUGACCCUGAAUGCUCAAAAUCCUAACAAGGUUGGCAUCCGGUAUAGCCCUUCACAUCUUGAAGUUUUGGAUGGAGGACUGCCUAUAGGAACAAUUCAGAUUCCCGGCUUUCUUCAGCCUGCUCACAGCAGCAACGUGAGUGUCGAAAUAAGGGUUCUGUUUCCAUGUUUGAAUGUCAGCCAGAUUGUGGCUGAGGCUUCAUUGCAAGACGAUUCAAGGAAAAACAUGUUUCAAAUGAAAAUUGUAGGCGAUGUUGGAGCUCACCUCUGGGUGUUUCAUAUAAUUUUGUUGAAGAUUAAGGUUGCACUGGAGUGUGACAUAAAUAUUGAUUAUAAAGAGCUUACGAUGAAAAAUGAAGUUCACAACAUUGGAGUUAAACAUCACACUGCAUCUUUUCCUACCAACCCCAACACCAUCUUCAUCAAUUGCGCAUUGGCUUUGUACAUAUGA